UCUUCUUCUUCUUCUUCUAAUAAGUUCUAAAGCUAAUCAAAGCAUCAACAAUCCUUCUCCAACCCGACCCGACCCGACCCGACCCGAUUGGAACCGACCCAUUUUUGUGAGAUGAAAAACCCGAUUCAUAACAGCAACUAAUUAAGUCAUGCAGAAAGACUUGUCUUCUGAUUGAAGUUUCUUUACAUGAUGGAUUCAGUUACUACAACCCCAAGAAAGAGCAGAUUAGCUCGAACUUUCGCUAAGGUUCGGCACAUACAAGCCGUGAUCAAUGUCCAAAAGACGAAAAUACCCUUCGACAAGAAAAAAACGACGAAAAAAACUCCUCCGGUAGCGAAGAACGACAACGAAAACGAUGCGGUUAUCGAAGAAGCUUUUCUUGCGAAAGUAUUCGCCACCGUAUCCUCGAUCAAAGCCGCGUACGCGGAGAUGCAAUUCGCUCAGCUCCCUUACGACGCCGACGGAAUCCACUCCGCGGAUCAAACGGUCGUAUCGGAGCUCGGAAACUUGUCCGAGUUAAAACAGAGUUACUUCAAGAAACAGUUCGACGAGAUGAUGUUACUAACGCCGGACAAAAGUAUGCUUAUGUCGGAGAUUCAAGAGCAGAAAUCUCUUCUCAAAACUUACGAAAUCACGGCCAAGAAAUUGGAUUCGCAGCUCAAGCUUAAGGACUCCGAGAUCACGUUUCUCGAGGAGAAGUUAGCGGAAGCCGUUAGCGACAACAAAUCGCUCGAGAAGCGGAUAUUGAAAUCGAAAUCGAACUCGCCGAGUGAGAAUGAAAAUAGUUUACGGCACGGCCAUUUUGUUGCGUACUUUCAUCAGGCCAUUAAAUCAAUCCGAAGAUUUGUCCGUUUGUUGGUAAGCGAGAUGCAAUUUUCGGGAUGGGAUUUGGAAGCCGCGGCGGGGUCCAUCGAGCCGGGAGUUUCGUUUUGGAAGCCGAAUCAUAUUUGUUUCGCGUUUGAGUCCUUCGUGUGCAGAGUUAUGUUUGAUGGUUUCAACAACCCUAAUUUCUCCGACGAAAUCGAGUUUAGAAAAAGCCGUCGCCUAUUUAGCGACGGAUUCACGGAGCUGAAAUCCGUAGAGUCGUUUGCAGAAUUUCGUCGCGCCAAGUACUUGAAGCUAAUGCAUCCGAAGAUGGAAGAGUCCCUUUUCGGGAACUUGGAUGUGAGGAAUAGUUUGGUGGGCCCCGGUGGCCCGAUUGAAUUUCCGAAAAGGGCCUUCUUUGCAGCAUUCGGUGACAUGGCGAAGUGCGUGUGGGUCCUACAUUGCCACGCGUGCUCUUUCGAUAGUGAGGUGUCUGUCUUUCGAGUGGAUAAGGGGAGCCGUUUUUCCGAGGUUUAUAUGGAGAGCUUGAGCGAUGAAGCGUUUUUGUCGUCGGAAAUUGAUUACCCUCGCGUGGCUUUUACGGUUGUUCCGGGGUUUAGUGUCGGUGGGACCCUCGUUCAGUGUCAGGUGUACCUGUGCUGAUCUGUUUUAUUAGAUGCUACACUCUGUGAAAUAUAUCGUGUAUAAUAUAUAUUGAGAAUUAUUUUUUUAUGGAUUGUCUAGAUAUUUUAGGACUUCUAUAUAUUGGAUUUUGGAGAGAUCAAUUAUUGUGUUAUAUAUAUUUUUAUUAUUUAUUUUAAUGGUAGUAAUAGGUGUAUAUUGUAGUGAUAUAUAUCAUACAUUAAAUAAAGUUUUUUUAACUAUAUAAUUUGAUGUAC